UUCCCUUUGAGUGUAUUAUAAUUUUGUGAUAAAAUUUCAAGGAAAAACACACACAACCUCCUUCCUCCCUUCCUUCUGGGGGGGAAUAGAGUGAGAGUGGAGAGAAAUAUAUCUGAGACAGAACAGGGACAGUGAGAAAAAUAUAUGAGUGGGAAAGGAGGGAGGGAGGAGGAGGAGGGGGGAGCAAAUUAAAAGUUGCCAAAUGGAGAUAUUGGGUUUCAAGAAGAGUGAGACAGGAGUAAGGGUUUGCCUUCUUUCAGUCGUCUUUAUGUUAUGCUAAUCGAAAUAAAUAUUUAUGUCUCGACGCUGUUUAGUCCGUUAGCCGUGUCAACGAAUUCUGUCCGACGAUUCUAAAUAGGCGACAACGGAGCUAACCUAGAACAGGCCGAUGUUUACCAGUAAAAAAAAAUCAUCGGUCAAAUAAGUAGCCCCAAGAGCUGCUUGAUGGAAGACUCCGCGCUCUAGUAAAUUCCACGAUUGAAAUACGUCUGUUCAGCAAAUCGAGAGAAAUGUGACGUUUUGCAUGCUGGCAGAUGAGCUAAAUACCGUAGAAGACAAGUGGUAGCCUUAGUCUACCCCAACAGAGAAAGAGCACGUCAGCUAGAGGCUGGAAGGACAGGCUUUUUGUGCUCGAAUGCGAUUCAUUGCCCGUCGAUUCAGUCUAUUUUUGGACAUAAAAAUAGCAAGCUGUACAUUAACUGGCUUUCUUAACGACGCCAAAGAUUGAGCGCUGUGCCACGACUGUCGUUAGCUAGCGGUUCGACUCAGCACAAUGCUAAGAUUUGGGAGGGUGUUAUUGCGAUGUCGAAAUUCAAUUGGAGCAAAAUGUUUCGACUAUUCUUCGGAUGAGCUGGUUUAGCUAUCUCUUCUUAUACGCCUACUCCGACCACUGGGCGAGUUGUAGGGGGGGGAGAGGAAAUGCUAUAUUUUGUGUUUCUUUUGCAUUUAUUGGCCAGCUAGCUGACAACGUUCUAGCUAGCUGCUUGUUUUCCCACAUUCGGUCAAAUUUAUCUAGUCAAAUCUUUGAUAUUUCAAAGCCAAAUGACAGGGUUUUUGACACUGCGUGUGAAUUUGGACAGUUAACGUUAUUUGACACGUACAAAUGCAAUGUUUAGUGGUGCUAGUUCGCCACUAUGGCAUAAAAUAACCAGUGAAAUGGGCAGAGGGACAUUAUAAAGCUAGCUAAGGUUAGCUAGUCGCGUAGCCAACGUAUACUACGACGCCAUCAGAUGAUUUUCAACUAGCGUUUCGUUAACUAACAAGACUUGAAGGGACCAUCCAAGAGCGCGUGUAUCGGUUUAAUUUGUGAAGUAAAAUGUAUUGUUUUGUUUCCUUUUUGGGGUGUGGAAAACUGCAUAUAAAGUGCCACGCUUAUCUGCGUAUGCCAUAUGUCUGGUUAAGGACAAACUAGCAGCCCAACUAUUGAAAAUACAACUAGUUUCGCAAUUUCAAAACGGCCAGUUAGAUCUGAUUAACCAUAGUCGUGUAAUUCCCUACAUUGAACUACUCGAUUGUAGCUGAGACUUUGUCGCAUUGCUUUGAGUCUCAUCAGGCUUUUCUUUCUCAAAUAAAGAUGGUGGCGGAGUCGCCAUUUUGUUUCAUACUUGCUAAAUUUUUCCAGACUGAUACGGGAGUACGAGGCUACAUCACUGAUUUGACACAAUGUAUCAGAUUUGUAAUUCGACAUGACGUCGAAUGAACGGUACAAAUAAGUAAAAAAAAUAAGUCUAUAAUUGGGACACAUCACAGUAUAUUAGGCCCCCUACAAUGGCAAUCCAUUUUUCAAAGCCCCACCUUGUUUAACCCUGGCAUUGCAGCUCUAUGAAUUAACCAAAUAACAGUUUCGCCCUUGAGAAUAAUAUGAUACUAUUGCUAUUCACUGUUCUAUGGCCCCUUCCGCCAUGAUACAAGGUCAACAUAGGAGUUAGUUAUGUGGAAUGUUGGCUAUAGAACAAAUUUAAAUGCUUUCUAAACGUUCAACUCCCAGACAACCUUGAAAUUGAACAGGGUGGAGUUAUUUACACCGAUGGCCAUCUUCAUUCUAUGGGAGGUGACAGGAGAGACGACCAAUGUGCAGGAGAAGGGUAGGGUUCGGGAGCGUCACUCGCGGUCUGCUGUAGAGCAUGGUGCUUGCAACGCCAGAAUAGUGGGUUGAAUGCAUACGACUGUAAAUCGCUUUGGAUAAGAGCGUCUGCUAUAAUUUCAUAUAUUAUUACUCUCAGGGAAUCUGGAUACUAGGUGGAGGGAUAGGGGCAAUACUGUACGUACUGUUCUCUUAACCUCGCUCUCUCUUUCCUGUAUCUCUCUCACCCUGCUCCCUUCCACUCCAGCACAGAAAAUAAAGGGUGGUUAAUUAAUGAUUCCAUGCUCGCUGUCAGAAAGCUCUCUCUCACCUCGUCCCUCUCUGCUUUCACCUCUCCUCUCCCAGGUGUCAUGGAUGAUGAGGACGAUCGCCGUCUUCUGGAUAUUAUAGGCUCCCUCCCUCUCUCCUUCAGAGAUGUGCAGGCAUUGAAUGACUACCUCCACGGCUCCACCAACAAGUCUAUUGAGGAGGAUGAUGUGACGAACGCAGCGUAUGGCUCUGCUGGAACCUUCUUCACUAGUAACACUGCUGGCUCUAACUCCGGCCUCAAAGAUAGCGAGUUUGAGGAUUCAGCGGGUGCUGGCCUCCAGCUUUCCAGCAGCCUAUCGUUCAUCGAGGAUGAGCUGGGGGGAGGAGCCUCUCCAGGAGGAAUGGAUCUUGGAGGAGGAGAGGAUCAGCACUUUGACAUCCUGCAGAAGUCUCUCAUGGAGGCAGACAUCACUGAACAGACUCUGGAACAGGAGGCCAUGCUAGACUCCCAACCACCUCCCCCUCCGGCCCCCUCCCCGUUCCCCGCCCAGCUGGUCUCGGGGGGGUACAGCGGCGGGGUCACCACGGCGACAGCAGCGUUUCCCAGUGGUCAGUUCCUCCAGGGCGUAUCCCAGGUGUCCCAGCUGCCCAACGGCCAGGCAGGGGGGCACAUCCAGGUGUUGGGGUCCUUCGGAGGUGGUGGUGUCCAACAGAUCCUCCUCCGGCAGGGUGGGGAGAUUGGGGGGGUGAUGGGGGGAGUAGCAGCAGGGGGGCAGGUGUUCGCCGCCUCCUCCCAAAUGGGCCAGGUGAACCAGGUGGGCUUGCCCUUUAAAAAUAUCCCCCUGCAGAACAUCAUCAUCCAGAGAGGACCAGGGGGCACCCAGGCCCUGGUCAGACCUAUCCAGCCCAAACCCCUUCAAGCUGGGGCUCAGACAGUCUACAGCCUGGGACUCCAGACCACAACCACCACCAUGGUUAAUACUGCGGCCCAGGGACACUACACAGCUAACGGCUCCAUCCUGGUCCACUCUCCGCUGGGGCAGCAGACCCAGGGACAACAAGCCCAGGCCAACCUGGCCCCAGGGCAGUACCUGGUCCACCACAAUGGCUCCUCAGACCCAUCCCAAUCAACCAUGGUAGCCAAUCAGAACACAGUGCAGCUUGUCACCGGGCAGAACUUCACGGCGACCGCAGGUGGUCAGCUGAUCCAGGUGGGAGGCAGUCAGGUGGGAUUAGGAGGAGCCAUGACCCAAAAAUGGCAGACUUUUCCUGGUACUAGCCCUGCCCCCAUCCAGGCGGCAUCAAAUCAGGGGUGUCUGACGCUGGUUGGCACAGCGACCACAGGGGUUCGGGGUCAGGUGUCGUGCAGCCCAGUGCAGCGCCUCGUAGUGACUCAGAACAGCAGCUCCCUCUCCCCCAUGUCUCUCUCUGGUACUGGUACUGCCACACAGGACGAGGAAUACUCACAGGCUCAGACACAGCUUGUCAACCUCCUUGGAAACAAAGCUGUGAAAACAAUGACCUCCAUGAGCCAAGACUCCCUGCUAAACACACAGGUCAGCGCUCAGAAGAGGCCGGCCCCUCAGCAGCUCACCAGAGGAGCAAUGAUGCUACAUCAGUUGACGAUGGAUCGUUCAGGGGUUCUGUCACCUGACAUCACCCGCUUCACCUCAUUGGAUGACGCACUGCACAGACUCCUCCCCUACCACAUGUUCCACGGUGCUCCGCCCAACAAGGAAGAGUUUUCUCAAGUGGAUGAUGAGUUUGAGACGAUGGCGACUCAGGUGUUGAAGAGAACCCAGGUUAUGAUCAACAAAUACAGACGACUGCUGAUGGUGGAGGCUGAGCGCUCCAGUCCCUCCUCAGAGAUGGUGAUGAUUGACAGGACCUUUAACCAAGAGGAACGCCAGAACCUGACACAGGACAAACGUAUGAUACUGGUUGACCCAGAUGGCUUCUUGGAAGAUUUCUGUUGUGCGGUGAAGCCGUCUCCCCUCUCUCCCCCCUGCCUCCCCUUGGACCCUCUCUCCUCCCCCUCGUCCAGCCAUGGCCAUAGACAGUCAGUGAGGGGGGUGACCACAGACCCCCCUUACAGGACAGACCCCCAGUCAGGCUAUGGAGACCCGGGGGGAGGUAGUGGGGGAGGAGGAAUAGACUCUUAUAAGAGUAUCAUUGACCUGAAGAGGACUCAACAUAGCAACUAUGGAAACAAAGCUGCUUGUAGCAACAACAACAACAACAGCAACUAUCACCUUGGAAACGUGGCUGCUACGGCCACAGCGGCAGUGUCGACAGGGACGGAACAGACUCAGCACCUGUCUCACCUGUCCUCUCACCCCCAGGCCCCCCUACCCCUCCCUCCCACCCCGCCCGACACAGACUCGGUUCUAGAGGCAGCCGUCAACAGCAUUCUAGAAUGUUAGACAGACUGAUGGGCAGACGUGCCCAUCACUCUAUCGUUCCAUUUCUCCAUCUUUUCCCCCCAGGGAUUACAUGUUUGUUGUUUAUUUUCUGCUUCUCGCUCUCAUUGUCAGUCCAGUUCAACCACCUCUGAGUUAGUUACAGCCAUAGAAAUAUAAUCUAGAUUGUAUUUCUAUGGUUACAGUAUUAUGUUUACUGUAGGACAGCCAGGGGUCAUGAUCUUUGUGACAUCAUACUGCUCUAACAAUGGAAAUACAUGUCCUCUAAGAUGGAAGGCAGGUGGGAGGUGGCGAGAUCAGGUAGGACUAUUUUAGCCAAUGAGAGGGCAGAUACGUGUGUGAUUAACAGGCUAUAGAGAUAGAUGGACGACUCAUCUCUGUAUCUGUGCCAUCAUAGCGUCUGUGACAGCAUGGGCAGCACCAUUGAGGCUAUUUCCAUUUUAAAGUAGUACAUUUUCUUCUUCAUUGGCCGAUUGCUUCCAACUCAAUAGGAAUCCCCACCGAGUUGGCUACUUUAAAUUGGUGGAAGCCCCAAUGGCCACUUUAAAACAAGUUAUAUCCACGAUGAGUCCUCUAUAUACAGUAUCUCUAUGACAACAGGUACAACUCAGAUAUUAAUGCCACGUGUGUCCACUUAUAUCAGUGCAUUUGUAACAACCGAACCGUUGCAAAACUUCUAUUUGAUCAAAUAAGCCUCAUGUAGCAAAUGAGCAAGUACAUUUUUUGUUGACCAAAUUCGACACCCUCUCUCAUUGACCUCUAUACAAAAAUUCCUGAACCCCAAUGUUAGGCUACGUCCCACAAUGCUGAAGUUCAGGGAGGAGGAAGAUGAUGAUUCUGUGCCUGAGAAAUUCUACGUUGUCCUUGAAAUGUUUACAUGAAGAAGCCUUGUAAGAAAUGUCCUUUUUAGACCUGACAUUACACACCUACACAUAAAAUACAGUAGUAAUUGAUGGUUUUGAAAACUACAACAAAUAUAGCUAUUUUUGUGUUUUCUACUUCAGUCUUCAUGGUAAAGUCAAGCCAGAGAGACUCACUCACACUCUGUGUCUAUAGAACGACUAAACAAGCAGCUUUUGGUUUUCUGUCAGUUUUGUCAUUUUCUUAUUUGGCAUUUUUCUUUUGUACCUUAAAGGUAUGUGACGCCCCUCUGCACUCACACACAUUCACUCUCGUCAGAGUGUAUUGGUGUUGGGGGGAGCUAACUCCUCAGAUUGAGGGAGAAAUGUUUCGACGUGUUUAUCUUUUUGUUUCAUUUAUUUUUUAUUUUUUUUAUAAAUCACUAUUUGUGUUGUUAGGGAUGUGUGUCCCAGUGCAACCACUGUAACCGUCGUGAGAUUUAAUGACCCUGGAAGGUCAUGGGUUGUAUGUGUAUGUCUCUGCGUACGUACGCUGGACGAAUGUUACUCAUUACUUCGCCCACUUAACUUUCCUCUCCUCCAUUCUAUCCAUCACUUCACUCAAUCCUCCUGUCCCUCCCAACAAUUAUACCCCAAUCAACAGGAGGAGAGAGGGGAGUGUCUAUGCUCAUAAAUUGACCGAAUGGACAGACUGAAGGCUUUAGAGAGAGAACACAGCUGUCUGUUUUACAGUUUGUCUCGUCAACCCUCUGUAUUUCAGCCCUGGUCCUGACCACCUCCUUGUCUCAAAUUACACCCUAUGCCUGUGAUAGUGCACUACUUUUGACAAGCUUAUGUGGCGUGGAGCAAAAGUAGUGUACUUGAUGGCGAACAGUCGUUUCACACAGGAGUGCCUAAGGUUGAUAUACUAGGCUCUUUCUGCCAAGGAGUGACACAUUUUUACUUCAUUACCCCCAUUUUCACUGUUUACUUUUGUUUGUCUCACUCUGUACAUGAUUUGUAUAGUUUUUAUAUAUAUAUCUAUAUAUAUAAAAAUGAAACAAUAUUUAUACUUUUUUGUAAAGAAAAAGAAUGUAAAAGUUUUUUUUUUGUAUUCUGUUGGCUAUGAAGUGUUCCAAGAGAAAUCGUUACAAAUACUGUCAGUUGUUCAUUUUUAGUUUGUGUUCACUACAACAGAAAGAGAAAAGUCAACAAUAAAUUCAUUUUGAAUACAAUCAUAAA